GUUUGGAUUAAUUAACCCAAGGGGUAUAAGUGUAUAUUUACCUCUUUAAUGAAACCUAUUUUUGUGACUUUGAGCCUUGAGUGCUACUUUAGGAACAAAAACUUGGUUUGGUGAUAUCAUAGUCUUUUUCUCUUAUAUAUAUAGAUAUAUAUUAUAUCUGCUUAGGCUCCGUUUAGGCGUCCGCGUAUACAGCUAUACGCUAGGCGCUGGGUCACCGCACAGUGAGCGCAUAGCGUAUUUUAGAACACUGUUAUUUGCCUUUAAAUGUUUUGUUUAUUUCCAUAUAUACCCUUCAUCUUCCCUCAAAUUCGAUCUCUCUCCUCCCUCUGCUUCACCAAUAAAUACGUAGAGAGAGAGAGAGAGUUUUUGAGAUCAUCGUCGUCGUCACCAUGCCUUCCGAGCUAACUCAGGAAGAACGAUCCGAACUCACCCAAUCCAUCUCCGAGUUUCACACUUACCACCUCGGUCCGGGAAGCUGCUCCUCGCUCCACGCGCAGAGAAUCCACGCGCCGCCGGAGAUCGUCUGGUCAGUCGUCCGUCAAUUCGACAAACCGCAGACCUACAAGCACUUCAUCAAGUCCUGCUCCGUCGAAAAAGCAUUCGAGAUGCGCGUCGGGUGCACGCGCGACGUGAUCGUGAUCAGCGGGUUGCCGGCGAACACGUCGACGGAGAGGCUCGACAUGCUCGACGACGAGAGGCGAGUGACGGGGUUCAGCAUCAUCGGAGGCGAGCACAGGCUGAGGAACUACAAGUCGGUGACGACGGUGCACAGGUUCGAGAAGGAGAAGCGGGUCUGGACGGUGGUUCUUGAGUCGUACGUUGUGGACAUGCCGGAAGGGAACUCGGAAGACGAUACGCGUAUGUUUGCUGAUACUGUCGUUAAACUCAAUCUGCAGAAACUCGCGACGGUCACUGAAGCUAUGGCUCGUAACGCCGGCGACGGGAGAGGUUCUCGGGUGACCUGAAAGAGAAAACAUAAAAUUAUAUAUAAAUGGAAAGAAUAUGGAAAAUCAAUUUGUUUUUUUCUUUCUCUAAAUUACUAUAUUGGGAUAUGUUAUUUACGGUGGUCUUUUAUAGGAUUCUACUAUUUUGACCGUUUUCGCUUUUAACCUUAUAGUUUACCUUUUGUUAGUGUUGAAAAAUAGCCUUAUUUAGGGGGGGUUAGUGGGAGAUUGAUUUUUAAAGAGUUGAAGAAUUUAAAGAUUCUAGUGUUAUUGGUAACAUGAUUCUUAAAGUUCUAAAAAGUUUGGUGUUAUUGAUGUGAUGAUUUUACAAUUCUAUAUAAAUCUUUUGUUAUUCAAAAAGUUCAGUAUUUUUAGAUUUUGUAAUUCUAUUAAACUAUGGUGUUAUUGAAACAAUGAUUCAUUACAUUUUAACUCACUACUCACAACUUUCAAAAUACUAGAGUUAACCCAUGUAUUCCCAAAGUUGAGAUGACAAAAUCAAUAUUUUUUUAUCAAACAUGCAAAUAUGAUACGUGAGAAGCAUUAUCAAUUCCAUAUAAUCUUUUUUAUCAAACAUGCAUAAAUAUAACUAUGAAAUAGAUUCCAUGCACAGUCACACUACAACACAUCAAAAUGAUAAAUCCAAAAAUUUUUAUCCAUAGAAAAAUUAUGAAAGAGAUUCCACAGUCAGACAACAUCACAUCAAAAUGAUAAAUCCAGAAAUUAACACCAUCACAAAUGAAAAUGAGUUAUAAAUCGUUGUGAGUAGGCUAUACUGAUUUUUUUGAAUUCUAUUAAAACCUUGGUUUCCUCUAAAUUCCAUUCCAUAGGCUAUGCUGAUUUUUUUUUUUUAUCACCCAUUGCAAUCUUAUGUGAAGUUAAUCAAUAUUGGUAAUAACAUACACACAAAAAUAUUUAUUAUCACAAACAAACAGGUAAACAUCAAGGUUCUUGCUACUAGUCUAAACAAAUAAAAUAAUGAAACCAAACGUAAACUUGAAAGCAUCAGAUAUAACAAUCAAACUAUUUUAAUACAUGAUAUAAUAAAAAACAGAGAAAUAUAUCAUAAAAAAAAAGAGAUAAGAAAAGUAAAAA